CCACAAUCGAAUCCUUCCAGCAUGGCUCGCAAGUCCGCCGCCGCCAAGGCCACCACCGCCACGACCACGGUCGAGAAGAAGACGCUCGAGCCCGGCUUCAUCGGCGAGCAGCUCAAGCCCGGCCACUCGCUCACGCUUGAGAACCCGACGGAGGAGCUCGCGCUCCAGCUCACGACGGCCGCGCUCGACCAUACGGCGACGGCUGGCCGCACGACGCUCUACAUUGCGACCGAGCGCAACCCGACCAAGAUCGCCGUGUGCACUUUGGAUGCGGACAAGUUCCCGCAGUGGAACGUCGGCCAGACCUUCUCGCCCAUGGACGGCGAAGUCUCGUUCAGCGUCGAGGGCACCAACACGAUUCACUUGACGGGCUUUGUCGACGCCGAAAUGGACGGCGACAUGGACCCCGAGGACGACAUGUACGGCAGCGACGACGACGACCAGGACAUGCUCGACAUGGAAGAGGAAAUGGACUCGGAGGAUGAGGGCGAGGACGACGAAGACGUCGAGGACUCGGGUCGCUUUGAAGUCAUCGAGGAAGUCCAGAAGGGCGCCAAGAAGGAGGCUGAGAAGAAGGAAGCUAAGAAAGAGGCCACGCCCGAGAAGAAGGAAGCCAAGAAGGAGGCCACGCCCGAGAAGAAGGAAGUCAAGAAGGAGGUUGAGAAGAAGGACGCCAAGAAGCGCCCGGCUGAGGAGUCGGCCAAGGACGCCAAGAAGGCCAAGGUGCUCAAGCAGCUCAAGGGCGGCGUCACGGUCGAGGAGCUCGUCAUCGGCAAGGGCGCGGUGGCGCAGAAGGGCCGCAAGGUGCAGAUCCUCUACAAGGGCACGCUCGCCAAGAACGGCAAGCAGUUCGACGCCAACACGAACCGCAAGAGCCCGUUCGCGUUCCGCCUCGGCGUCGGUGACGUCAUCGCGGGCUUCGACAUUGGCGUCGAAGGCAUGCGCGUCGGCGGCAAGCGCAUCGUCAACAUCCCGUCCAAGAUGGGCUACGGCGCGCGCGGCGCGGGCAAGGACAUCCCGGGCAACUCGGACCUUGUCUUUGAAAUUGAACUCAUGAACGCUUAAACACACCAAUAUAACAAUAUUCCAUAGACUUACAACGUCGCAGCUCUGCAA